AAUGUAGGCCUGUAUGAGUAAAUCCCUCAAAUUUACGAAAGACAUAAAAGAAGAAUGUACCCCAAAAGCGUUGAUUGUAGUAUGGCAAAAUCGGGCAGGUAGAGAGAGCGCGUUGUCAGAGCUUCCUCCGCUUUUCUGGCAACUGAAGAAAACCGACCGGCUGUAGUGUGGUGAAGAACGAGAUGAAACUGCAAACCUAGAACGAAGAGUGAUUCUAAGUAAUAAGAUCAGUUGAUUUGUUAGUUGAGUGUGAUUCGUGUGAUUCGCAUCGAGAUGGGCUGGGGAAGGGCGGUGUUCGAAGGAGUGGUGGCUGUGGGGUCACUGUUGUUGCUUGGAUGGGCGGGGCUGUGGUUCUUGAACCGGAGGCUUUACAAAGAGUACGAAGAGAAACGGGCAUUGGUUCAGAUCAUUUUCAGCGUCGUUUUUGCAUUUUCUUGCAACCUCUUCCAGCUCGUGCUCUUCGAGAUCAUUCCUAUUCUAUCCAAAGAGGCAAGAUGGAUGAAUUGGAAGGUGGAUCUGUUUUGUCUGAUUAUGCUACUUGUCUUCAUGUUGCCUUACUAUCAUUGUUACUUGAUGCUUUGCAACAGCGGUGUUAGAAAAGAACGGGCUGGAAUUGGUGCUGUCUUAUUUUUGUUGGCUUUUCUCUAUGGUUUUUGGCGCAUGGGCAUUCACUUUCCAAUGCCUUCUCCAGAUAAAGGAUUUUUCACGAUACCUCAGUUGGUGAGCAGAAUUGGGGUCAUUGGUGUGACUGUCAUGGCUGUCCUUUCUGGCUUUGGAGCAGUGAAUUUACCAUACAGCUACCUAUCUCUCUUCAUUCGAGAAAUCGAGGACUCAGAAAUCAAGGCACUGGAAAGACAGCUAAUGCAGUCCAUUGAGACUUGCAUUGCAAAGAAAAAGAAGAUAAUUCUUUAUCAAAUGGAGAUGGAGCGAAUCCAAGGGUCAGAAGAGAAAUCAAAUACUAGGUCCUUUCUAAAACGGAUAGUUGGAACUGUUGUUCGAUCUGUUCAAGACGAUCAAAAGGAACAAGACAUAAAAAACAUGGAAGCAGAGGUACAAGCUUUGGAGGAGCUUGGAAAGCAACUUUUCCUGGAAAUCUAUGAGCUUCGCCAAGCUAAGGAGGCUGCUGCUUAUUCUCGAACCUGGAAGGGUCACAUGCAAAAUCUUUUGGGCUAUGUUUGUUCAGUAUAUUGCGUGUAUAAAAUGAUUAAGUCUUUGCAAAGUGUUGUCUUCAGGCAGGCUGGUUCUGCUGAUCCAGCGACCAUGAUAAUUAGCAUUUUCCUACAGUUUUUCGACAUAGGCAUCAACGUCACUUUAUUAUCACAGUAUGUAUCCCUCUUAUUCAUUGGGAUGCUGGUCGUCAUAUCAGUUCGGGGAUUCUUGAAUAACUUAAUGAAAUUUUUCUUUGCCGUUUCCAGAGUUGGGAGUGGAUCUUCAAGCAAUGUUGUCCUUUUUCUUUCUGAAAUCAUGGGAAUGUAUUUUAUUUCUUCCAUACUAUUGAUUAGGAAAAGCUUGGCGACGGAAUACAGGAUGAUCAUAACAGAUGUAUUGGGUGGAGACAUACAAUUUGAUUUUUACCAUCGGUGGUUUGAUGCAAUCUUCGCAGCCAGUGCAUUUCUCUCUGUGCUUUUGCUUUCUGCACAUUAUACUUCUCGUCAUGCUGAUAAGCAUCCAAUAGAUUGAUUUGUUUACACGGCCGGUGCUUGGAUGACGACAUUGAAUAUGUCCAAUAAAAUGAGAGGAAUAUCGUGUGGAGAAAAUUUGAUAAGAGAGAGUGAAGACUGUUGUAGAUGCCACUCGAGCUGUACUACAUAAUCGUUUUGAGCAAAAAACAUGAAGAUACGUUGAAUGAAAAUAGUUUGUUAUGAAAAAUGGUGUAUAAUGUAGGUAUUAAGGAAUGCAACAUUGUUAGGAGGGGUAAAAUAUAAUGGAUUCCAUUCAAUGGUGUUUGUUUCUCCAAUUAGUGGUUUCAUUUUUCUUGUUUCCUCUUAAUAGUACAUGGAGAAAUGAAUGAGUUCUCGAGAUGUAUUGUUUAUGUACUAGCAAUUAUUGUGUUUGGCUUAAUAUCGAUUUUGGUAAAACCUCAAUGGCAGUUGUACUUGUUAGGAAUCUACUUAUUGUGUACACAGGAAAAUAAAACAAAUUUCGAUUCCCAUUAA